CCCCCCGGCAACUUUUCCAGCUUGCUACGGCAGCUGCAGAUUGGGCGGCCACAUGCACCUUGGGCCAUCCACAGGACCGAAGCAUCAACGGAAGAGACACAGGCCAGAACGUAGCCCAGAUCUACAGUGCCGACCCGAAUUUGACCUACGACGUAGACUCGAUGUUCCGGCAGUGGACUGAUGAAGUCGGCAACUACGUCGCAAAUGGAGUGGCUGUGAAGGACCAAGACGGAAACGACAAGAUGACAGGACAUUAUACGCAGGUCGUAUGGAUCGACUCGGAUGCGCUUGGCUGCGCUGUGCAGAAGUGUUCUGGCAUGUACAAUCUCGUUUGCAACUAUGGUCCACCAGGCAACUAUGGCGGUCAAUUCGUCGACAAGGUAGAUUACUGCAAUGGCAAGCACUAGUGACCUCUUCAAAACGAU